AUGCUUCGUCCUAGUCACCUCGCAUUGGCGCUCACGUUCUCCACUGCUGUCGCCGCCAGCGAAUGGCACAAAUGCCCGCUCUUCUCGCGUGUCGGCAAUGAGACGUACUCGAUCGACAACUACCCGCGCUCUCGCAACGCCACGGUCGAGUGCCUCGAACUUCAAGUGCCGGUUUGCUACCCGGGCGUGUGCACGAGCGACAAGACGCUCAGCGUCUUCCUCAAGCGCAUGCCCGCAAUCCGCCCGACGACGCCAGCCAAGGCCGUGUGGCUGAUGCAAGGCGGUCCCGGUGCGCCGUCCGAUGCCAUGGAAGGCUCGAUGGUCGAAAUAUUCGCGGCCGCCAACGGCACCACGAGCCUCUACACGAUGGACCACCGCGGCGUCGGUCGCAGCUCGCCGCUCACCGCCCACUGUCCCGAGAUGACCGACGAGAACGUCAUGCGCGAUGACGCGACCGCUGCUGCCGCCUACUCGAAUUGUUUCCAAAAGCUCAAGGACCUCUAUGGUAGUGGUUUCUCGGUCACAAGCGCUGCGACCGACCUCGCGUCCAUCAUCGAGAGCCCGAUGCUCGCCAACGACGAUGUGUACGUCUACGGCGUGAGCUACGGUACCUACUUGGUUGAGCGUUUGAUGCACCUCGCGCCCAAGAACGUCAAGGGCUACAUCCUUGACAGCAUGCUCGCCGAGAGCCCGUUGAGCCCGUACAGCGACUGGGACCGUGACGUGGCCAAAGUUGAAACAACCUACUACGGCCUCUGCGACCGCGAUCCUGUGUGCUCGUCCAAGAUUGGCCCCAAUUCGAAAAAGUUUGCGUUCGAUUUGUUCACGAAGCUCGAUGCCAAUGACACGGCGUGCGCGCAGGCGAUUUACGCGGCGAAGGGUCUUCCGUCGGACUUUUUCGGGAGCAUGUUUUCCAAUAUGAUCAUCAGCUACACCCAGCGCAACUUGAUCCCGGCCAUUCUUUACCGCGUUGCGCAGUGCGUCAAGGAGUUUGACUCGAACGAUCGCUUUUUGCACGGUCUUCUUGGCUUGUCCACUGACGAGACGAGUGACGACCGCGGCGACAUUGUACCGGGCAACACGGAGACGGGCGAGUCGGCCAGCGAUGACCUUCUCUACAACAACAUUGUCUUCAACGAGAUCUGGGAGCUGCCGUCGCCGUCGUUCGAGCGCUUCCGUGAUGACGCCGCCAAGAUCACGUGGCGCGCUUCACCCAUCGAUGGAACCAAAGCCAACAUCUUCAAGUUUUGUGCGUUCCGUGGCCACUCGGACCCGGUCUGCCACGGCCUGGGGCUCGACGCGCCAAAGCAAACGUUCGCGUACAGCCAUGACCAGUACUGGAACAAGACGGCAGCGGUGCCGACCGGCGCGAGCGCGCUUUUGCUCUCGGGGGCGAUUGACAUUCAGACGAUUCCUGAGUACGCGGUGAUUGAGAAUGCAACGAUGGCCGGCGACAAGAAGCUCCUUUUGCAGUUUCCGUUUGGCGGCCACAGCAUCAUCUCGACAACCCCCACCGAUGCCAAGUACUAG